UCCGGUUGUUGUAAACAUCAUGGCGGUGCAAACAAAAAUAUGUCAGCGGGAAAUGUAAUUUACUUCGAUUGCUGCUUUAAAGGAGUAUCGAUAGUUCGAAAAAGGCAUUAAUUGCAAGAUAGACUGUUAUGAUGGAGACUGAGAAGGGCCAGUCCCAAGAAAUUAACCAUGGGGAAGCAUUGCCAACAACACCUACAAAAGGUGAUGACAAUUACUUUGGUGGUGAUGGACAGAACUGGAAAAUCUUUACGACUCCUAUGCAGGAAGAGAAAUACCGCAUAGAGAAUAAUCAGUUACGGUCCCAAAUCAAACAGCUUCAACUGGAUGUCCACGCUGAGCAGGAAACAGUAGGACAGGUGAGACGCCGUUUAAAUGCUGUAGAGAAAGAACGCUUACAUGCUGCCAGCAAAAACAAUGCUGAGAUUGCUGACUUGGAAAGCCAACUGGCUAAGUUUCGCGCCCAGGUUGAAAAAGGCGAAGCUACAAGACAGAACUUAGAAUUUGAGUUGACAAAGACACGUCGUGAUGUUACACAACAAAAACAUUCAACACUUGAAAAAGAAUCCACCUACAAGGAGUCAAGAGAACACUUAGGAAAGAAGAUUAGUGACCUUGAAGAGAUGCUGAGAAAGACAGAAUGUGAAAGGAACAAGCUUAGGGAAGAAGUCGAAGCUACAGCGAACAAACUCCACCGACAGAAGGAGGAGAAGGACCAUGAAAUAGCCAAGAGUCACACAGAGCAGGAAAUACUGAGGGCAGAGAGAGACAAACUUGAUGCUAUUGUGCUUCAGCAAGAUGGUACUCUGUCUGAUUUUCAAGAGAAGAACCAAGAACUGGAGAACGAGCAAAGAAAUCAGUUGGAAAAUUUAAGGAGAACACUCACAGAAAUGGAAUAUGCUAAGGAAAGAGAGGAUCGCCUAAAGAAAGAUCUAGAGACAGCUCUCCAGCGCCUACGAACGAUUGAGGAGAGUAUAGAGGCAGAGAGAGCUGCACACCUGGAAUCAAAGUUUAACUCUGAGAUUGUACAGUUGAGGGUGCGAGAUUUGGAAGGAGCUAUGGAGGUGGAGAAGUCGGCCAGCAAUGAGGCUAACAAAGCUAUAGACCGCCUCACGAAACAGAUCCGAGAGCUGGAGCAUAGCUACGAAGAGGAGCGCAAGAACGGCAAAGAUCUCUCCAACAAACUGGACAAGGUGGAGCGGGAGUAUAGCUCGGUCAAGAAGCAGCUGACUGCUCAAGUGGAGGGCAAGAAGACUGUGAUAGGCGAUCUCUCCAAGCAGCUGGAGCAGCACCAGAAAAACUUCACAGAGCUCAAGGAUGAGCUGACCAAGGCCAAGAAACGCCAGAUAUACCUGGAGGAGACAUAUGGAGGAAACAUGAGGGAAUUAGAACUACUUCUCCAUAACUUCUCUGUAGAACCCAGCAAAGGCAAAUCAAAGAAAGAUUCCUCAAAACAGCCCAAUCCUUCUGCGGUACUGGAGUCCUUAAGACAAACGCUGGCAGAAUACAAAAAGCGACUGGACACCACGUCAGGGGAGCUUGGACGGAUGAAGAAGCAAACAGACAGCCUGAACAGGGAAGUUGACCAGCUCAAGGAGAUGAUUUGGGCCAAGGACAAAUCUUUAGAGGAUGCCCAGAAGAACUACACUCGGACAGCCAAAGAGUUGAAUCGUGUGCGAUCUGAGUAUGGAGCCCUGGAGAGUCACAUGGCCAGACUGAAGAUGGACUUACAGAGUAAAAGUUCAAACCAAACCAAGGACAGGAAACGCGUCCAUGAACUCUCUGAGGAGAUUAUGAAGCUAGUUAAACGACAUAAAGCUGAAGACGAGGAAAAAUUGGCCUUUCUGCACGGCAUGCAUCAUCGUUUGUUAGCUGGGCGUAUCCCCACAAAAGAGCCAAGCUAUACACAGUUUUCCUGGGCUGACCUGACCAGCCUUGUGUAUGAACAAGUGUCCAGUUUGGUAACCAUUGUCCAGAGGUCAGAGGAAAAGACAACUCAUUUAGAGGAAGCAUUGAAAUCUAAGGAGGAACUGGUCGAAGACAUGCAACGUUCUCAUGAGGACCAGCUCAACAAACUCACAUCACUUACAAAAGAACGUGAGCAGUCCUGGCACAAACAGAAGGAGGAGAUCGAGGCACACUACGCACAGCUUUUAACGGAGCUACAGUCUCGCUCAAAGAAGAGCCAAGCAAUGGCAGAUCAGGCUUGGGACAAGAUUCGCAUGACAGGAACAGUGAAACAGGGACUGGAGACGGAGUGUUCCGACCUCCGGGCUCAGGUCAUAGAGACACAGACACAGAAUGCAUCACUUUUAGGUGCGUGUAGUCUACUCGCAGGAGCACUGUUCCCGAUGUGUUCGCGAGCUACACGACUUGCUUCACAGCGCCACCUACUGGAAGAACAGUUGUGUAUGUGGGAUAUGUUUCGUGAACGAGUUGAACUGCUCGUUGACACAUUAGCAUCUGAAAUGCAAGAUGAGAAAGACAUGAAGAGUAAAACUCAAAUCCAAAGGAAAAGACAUCCGUUGUUGGUGUUCCGUACAGCUGCCAUAGCCGUUCUAGCGGCUAACAGAUUACGUUAUCUGGGACGCUCGUGUACUAAAAUGUUUGUGACGUAUGAUACCUCUGUGUUCUACCAUACUGGCAUAGCUGUGUGUACUGGAGGAGGGCGGCCAGCUGUCACAUCUUUCAGAGAUGGCGUGGAUGAUGACCUGGAGACAGAUGAGCGUCAGUCUCGCCUUGAUAUUGUUAAAUGGGUUUCCAGUCCCGAUCUCCUCCACUCGGUUGUCUCGUCCAUGUCAGAACUGCUUGAGGUCGUAGGUCACAUCAAGAACAAAGAUGGAGCGACUGAAUCACGGGCACUAGUUAAUGCAGCAAGGAACACAUUCACAAAACUGAUUGACAAACUGGGCCGUCAUUUUGAGGGCGUGACAGGAAACCCCAACACAACAUACCGUGAACGCAAUUCUUUGAUGCGAAUGGUUGGCAGAGGUCUGUCCAAGACAUGUGCUGGAAAACCCUUGGAACAGAGGCAGCACAUAGCACCACUACAGGACAUUUUGGGAGCUCUGCAGAGUCAGAUCCUAAACUUUACACAACGCCUUCAUGCAGUGGAGAUAGAGCGCCGUGGACUUUUGGUCGAGGUGGAAAGGCUCAAGGAAGAGGUCACAGAGGCUGGCCGUGACGAAGCACUCAAAAACCAGAUCUCAGAGGAUCCUCAAUUUGUAUCGAUGGAUAAGUUCGAGAGUGUCUGUCUUGAGCUAAACAAUGCCUUACGACGGGAACAACAGGCCCAGCAGCUGUUGUUGGAGCAGGGGAGACAACUGGAAGAACUGACCCUUCGUCUUGACCUGUAUACUACGGAGGGCAUGGAGAAGGAGCAGAUUCUUACCAGUGCUGUACAGGGACUUGCUGAGCACAAGUCUGAGAUGAAGAAGAAAGAGCAAACCCUUCGACAGCUGAAUAGACAAGUGAUCACCAUUGAAGGGGAGAAGAAAUCUCUCAACACUAAUGUCAUUGAUGCUGAACGGGCAUUGAGAACUGUGGCAAGGGACAAGGAGAUUUUAACGAUGUACAUACGCUCAGUGGAAGGUGCCCUAGAUCAGGUUAGACAAGAGUUAUCCCUCUCUAGAGGACUCCAGGGUCGAGAUGUUUCUCUCUCCAAAAUGUUGUUGAAUGCUGACUUUAUUCCAACAGACGUGGGGAAGGCAGGUCCGGAACUGAUCGCUUGUCAGAAUCUGGUUGGUGCAUUCGUUGAUGCUCAGCAGCAAGCAUACGCCAAAAUAAAAGCUCUUGAAGAGGAUGUUGAAUCCCACAAACACCAUGUGACAACGCUCAAACGAGAACUGAGUGAUGCUGUACGAAGGGAGUAUGAUGAUGAGGGUGAGGUUCCCACACGAGACAAUGGGAAGGUGCAACAGAGCGUCAGUAUGGGCGAUACGACACACGGAGACACCUUCAUGCCUAUUAAGGAGGAUUCUGAAAUCUCCUUCUCUUUCGCUAAGCCAUCUACCCCCAAAUCCACACCAAAAGCUAAAUCCAGGUUGAUCACCGAGACCCCUACCAAGGGAGACCGAUCUCCCAAAUACCAGACACCAUCUCGCAGUACACGGUCACACAACAUGCGUCCUAAAGCCUUCGAGCCUCACGGAAGAUGAUACCUGUUCUGUAUUUGAUGUAGCUCUCAGGAACACAGGGAUAUCCAAUAGAUAGACAUUAAACAGUAUAUAGACAUACAUAUCAUUAUAAUAUACACUCCAUAUGUUAAUCGGUGACGUUAUAUCAUAUAUACAAUAACUAUCCACAAAAACAUUAUUCAUUGAACACUAAGAAAUCAGUUCUAUGUAACACCUUUUAAUCAAAUGUAGAUGUUUUGUUGUUAGCCUAAUUGUCUGAAUAUGAAAAUUAGGUAGAGCCUUGUGCUCAAUCAACAUCUUAAAACGGAAAGUGAUCAUGAUUUGUAUAUUCGAGGCAAAACCUAUAAACCAAGAGUCAUAGCAUUUUAGCAAAGAUAUUAUUAAUCUGUAGACUAUAGAAUUAGGGUGUAAAAUAUCAAACAGCAAAAUCACAAAUACACCCAAUAGUGUAGUUACUUUGUAUUGUAAUAGAUGUCAUUGUGACCUGUACUGAUAAUCAAAAUUAUUUAUCAAACUUUUUGAAUUAUUCAGGUGAAUGUCCAGAUCUUAGUAUUUCCUACAUUUACAGGCUGACAGUUGCUACAAUUAUUACUUCAACUGAAAAAUUGCAUAUUUUUGUUGUUGUAAGUUUUGUUUUAGUAUUUUAGUUCGGUACAAUAUUGAUUAACAAUCAUGAUAAACAGGAGAGAUAUAAAAUCACAGUACUAACGACAAAUGAUCUACAGUAUUUAUACUAAUGUUAAUGAAAUAUGUAUAUCGGGAAAGUUAGACUUACACUUAGGUUGUUAAUUCGGAAGCUAUUUACUAAGGAUUUAUUCACACAAAGCUAUUCACAUAGGGAUAGUAUACUUGUGUAUGUACAUACAGCUAUUCACAUAAGGAAACUUGUAUAUUAACAGAAAACUAUUCACAUAUAUUUGAAAAUAUUCAAUUACGGCUUCAAUACUUUGACUUUAUACAUAUUUUAUUAACCAAAAUUGGAAAA